GCUUCAAUAUUUGGGCCAGUGAAUUGGGUCCAGCAUAUAUGGCCCAAAAGAAACUUCUGAAGAGCUACCGAGUCCGUGAAAGGUGAACAACAAACUGGGAUUCCAUGCGACAGGGGACUGCUCUCUACGUGGUGUUCGUAAUUGUCAUAUCUGGAAAUUCCUUCAUCAGCUGGCCAAGCCAAGCCAUGACUCCUGAAUACGACUAUCUUUUCAAACUUUUGCUCAUUGGAGAUUCUGGUGUCGGCAAGUCAUGUCUUCUACUGAGAUUUGCGGAUGAUUCUUAUGUUGAGAGCUACAUAAGUACCAUCGGUGUUGACUUUAAAAUCCGAACGGUAGAGCAAGAAGGGAAGAUCAUCAAGCUCCAAAUUUGGGAUACUGCUGGUCAAGAGCGAUUCCGAACAAUUACAAACAGUUACUACCGCGGUGCACAUGGCAUUGUUAUUGUCUAUGAUAUUACUGAUGAAGAAAGCUUCAACAAUGUCAAGGUCUGGCUGGAGGAAAUUGAUAAAUUUACCACUUCAAAUGUGAACAGGCUCUUGGUUGGAAACAAAUCUGACUUGAUUAAGAAGAGAGCGGUUUCCUAUGAAACUGCAAAGGCAUUUGCAGAUGAAAUUGGGAUUCCAUUUUUAGAAACAAGUGCCAAAAACGCCACCAAUGUGGAGCAGGCUUUCACGACUAUGGUAACAGAGAUAAAGAAUAGAAUUUCCAGCCAACCAGCAAUGAGCGCAAACAAGGCUGCCACAGUGCGCAUGCAUGGGCGCCCAGUUGCCCAGAAAGCUACAUGCUGCUCCUCUUGAUUAGGCAGCAAAAACAGCGGUUUUGGUUUUGCACAGGUCCUUAGAUUUGACCAGAUACAGUUCUCAAGUGUACACUACUUGGUGCAAAGCUCAACCUGAUAGAUCCUUUUUUUAUAUGUUAUUUUGGAUUUGGAAAGAAAUAUCAAUAAGAGAUCGAAUCAACAUGGUUAUGACAUUUCAAUUUCAAGAGAAAAUCUAAUUUAAUAUUAUCUUUUGGUUU